GAGGCCUCGCCUCGUGCCUUACUACAUCGUCUCUCAACGUCGCAGGCAGCACCAUGUCAUGCAUCAUCAAGUACAGCGCCUCGCAUCCGUUUCCGUUGCAGAACCUGCCGUACGGCAUCUUCUCGGCGCCCGGACGCAGCGCACGGCCUGGCGUGGCCAUUGGCGACCGCAUCCUCGACCUGUACGAGCUUAGCCGCUCGCCGCACUUCGCGGGCGCCGGUGUCGAGCCGGGCGUGUUCCAGGGCGACACGCUCAAUGCCUUUGUGGCGCUGCCGCCAGCAACCUGGUCUGCCUUCCGCGCCUACCUCGCCACGCUGCUCACGUCCGACGCCUUGACCGCCGACUCGCCGCUCUUCGUCUCGCGCACCGCAGCGGACACACAGCUGCAUCUGCCGCUGCACAUCGGCGACUACACCGACUUCUACGCCUCGCUGGAGCACGCCACCAACUGCGGCACGCUGCUGCGCGGGCCUGAGCGGGCCCUGCAGCCCAACUGGCGCCAUCUGCCCGUCGCUUACCACGGCCGAGCCUCCUCUAUCGUCCCGAGCGGCACAUCGUUCCAUCGACCAGCAGCUCAGAUACUGCCGCCCUCCGCGACACAACCCAUCUUCGCCGCCUCGCAGCGCCUCGACUACGAGCUCGAGCUCGGCUUCGUCUACGGCGGACCCUCGACUCCGCUCGGCACGCGUCUGUCUCCUGCAGCAGCACGCGAGCGCAUCUUCGGUGCCGUGCUGCUCAACGACUGGAGUGCGCGAGACGUGCAGAGCUGGGAGUACGUGCCGCUGGGGCCGUUCCUCUCCAAGAACUUCUGCACCACCAUCUCUCCCUGGCUCGUGCCGCUGGCCGCCCUCGAGCCGUUCCGCGUGGCGCAGGCAACGCACGAGCCGCCGCUGCUGCCGUACUUGCGCGAUCCGGACGGCUGCAACUACGAUGUGCCGUUGUACGUUGAGAUCAAGGCGCCCGAGAACGAGGAUUACGAAGCCGUGGCCAAGUCGUCACUGCGACACACGUACUACACGGCAGCGCAGAUGCUGGCGCACCACAGCACGUCUGGCUGCAGCAUGCGUGCCGGCGACAUGCUCGGCACCGGCACGCUGAGUGCGCCCGGCGAGCACGGCUACGGCUCGCUGCUGGAGAAGACGCACAUGGGCAAGCAGCCCUUUGCGCUCGGCCGCCGGGCAGACAUGACGUGGCUGCGCGACGGCGACUCGGUGCGCAUGACGGCGCUGGCGCAGGGCGAGGGCUUCUGCAUCGGCUUCGGAGAGUGCGAAGGAACGGUACUGCCGGCUCUGCCACUGCAAUGAAGAGACGCAAACAAUGUGGUCAUUGAAAGAAGGCAGGC